ACCGACCUCAAUGUACUCUGUUUAGAUUUCGGAAUUCACUCGCAGUUGAAUCCUCACCCUCAGGACCUCCACAACCCCCCCAACUCCAUCAGACUUUUUCUUGCGCAUGCUCUCAUAAUUCCACCCAACAUGGCAUCGCCGCAACUUGCGAUAGCCAAGGUCUCCUUCUCAGCAGUCCUCCUCCGCCCCGACCCCGUCUCGUGCCCGCGCAUCGAGAUCGAUGAGUUCCUCGCCCAGCUUGACGCGACCCUUCUGCGGUGCUCUCCAGCCAACGUUCAGAAAAGCAAGCAAUGGAUCCUGAACCGCAUAGUGCACUCCUCGCCCCGGACUGCAGCCCUGGCAAAGUACCUGACAGCUCUGGCAAACUCCUUCAACACCGACAUCGCAGCUAGCAGGCAGGCGCGUGAGCCUUCUGCCAAACGAAAACGCCUGCACAUCCUGCAUGUCCUGAACGACGUGCUCUACCACACUUGCGUUCGACGCGGGGAGGACAGCUUUGCUUCCCAGCUAGAGUCAUCUCUGCCAGCCUUGCUUCAAAGCGCUGCAGCAUUCGCGAAUGCCCCCAAGCAUGCAAAGAAGAUAUCAGACCUUGUCAACAUCUGGGACGAGCACAAAUGCUUCUCGAGCGCGGUCAUUACCAAGCUACAAGAUACAAUCCGAGAUGCGCCCACGUCUGAUUCCGUCUCCGCUGCCGAUGGGACUACUGAAGGUGCUGCUGCGGGUGCGAAACUGUCCAAAGAUGCCCCCUACAUCAUGCCGUCUAUGCACGGAGAUGCCAAUGCCCCUUGGUAUGAUCUCCCUGCUGCCAACUGGCUACCUGUCAUCGAGCCCAACUCGUCCAGGCCCAUGAAUCCCUCCAUGAUCAAGCCUCUGCAGUUCAUGCCGGGACCUGCCGACAAGAGCUUGGUUGAAGCUGUCCAGAGCUUGCUUGCAGAUGUCGACCGCAUCUAUGCAAAAGAUUACUGUCUUGGUGAGAAUUCAGGGGAAGAUCUGGACAUGCUCGGGCAACGAGUCACUGUCAACGAGAGCACAGGAGACGUGACUGGUGGCGAGACAUACUAUGGAUGGUCGCGAAGCUUUUGCGACAAGAUGAAACAGCGCCGCAAGAAGGGAAAUGGGCAUCAAGUUGAUGGACGUGGUCGAAGUACAUCACGCUCACAGUCGCCAAGUUUGAGCCGCAGCCCUUCCCCCCCAGCGUUCAAGAGAAGGCGCAUGUCGGACUCACGGAGCCCGAGUACAAGCCGGAGCAAGAGCAGAAGCCGCCGGCGGAGCUACAGCAGGGACCGAAGCCGCCGACGCUCAUACACUAGAUCGCGGUCAACAUCUCCGCGUAGGGAUGGGCGCUAUCCACCUUCACGCUCUGGUUCUCGUUCUCGCUCGCGCGACUACAGCCCUCCGCCGCCUCAGCCGCCCCCGUCCCAUACUUACACUCAGCCAGACAACGGCCAUCGUCAUCAAAACUAUUCAGCUCCCGCUCCUCCGCCUCCGUUACCAAACAUGCCGCCGGGCACGACGUUCCCAUUCGGCGUUACUCCACCACCGCCGCCGCCUAAUUGGCAAGGUCCUUGGCCGCCCCCGCCCCCUCUUCCACCGACGGCGGGAUUAAACUGGAUACCCGGCCAGGGACUACCUAUGCCUCCGGUUGCGACGGGCUGGGGCGCACCACUCUCUCGGGCGCCACCGGUAACGCCAUUUAAUGGCCAUCAAGGCUUCAAUCAGGGUGGACAGCGACCGCACGGUCCUUACGGCGGGCGGGGAGAUCAUCGUGGUGGCCGAGGUGGAUACAGGGGGAGCCGCGGCGGGUGGUGAUAUGUUGGUAUUGUAUAC